AUGGCUGCUGUUUAUAAUUCAACAGCAUUUGUGGGUGUCUUUGUCUUCACAUUUGUCACUUUAUGUCUUUUUCCACUGCCUGUAGCUGGGAUCACCAGAUAUUACAAGUUUGAUAUCAAGCUGCAAAACGUGGCUCGUUUGUGCCAUGCCAAGAGCAUCGUAACCGUAAGUGGGCAGUUUCCUGGUCCUUGUCUCAUGGUAAGGGAAGGCAACCACCUUUCAGUAAAAGUGGUUAACCAUGUGCCCAACAACAUCACCAUUCACUGGCAUGGUGUUCGACAGCUUCGAACUGGAUGGGCGGACGGACCGGCAUAUGUGACUCAGUGUCCCAUACAAAAAGGCCAAAGUUGUGUGUACAAAUUCAGAAUUGUAGGCCAAAGGGGAACUCUCUUCUGGCAUGCCCAUAUAUCAUGGUUAAGAGCAACUGUUUAUGGUCCCUUGAUCAUUCUUCCUAGGCUUGGUGUUCCUUACCCAUUUCCCAAGCCUUACAAAGAAGUUCCCAUCAUUUUAGGUGAAUGGUUCAAUGCAGAUACAGAAGCAAUUAUUAGCCAAGCUCUUCAAACAGGUGGAGGACCAAAUGUCUCUGAUGCUUACACCAUCAAUGGACAUCCAGGACCAUUCUACAACUGUUCUGCCAAAGAUACUUUCAAGCUGAAGGUGAAGCCUGGCAAGACAUACCUUCUCCGCCUUAUCAAUGCGGCUCUCAACGAUCAACUCUUCUUCGGCAUAGCUAACCAUACCCUUACAGUGGUUGAAGCUGAUGCCGUUUACGUUAAACCAUUUGAGACCGAAGCAAUCCUCCUCGCCUCUGGCCAGACCACGAAUGUGCUUCUGAAGACCAAACCAACAUAUCCAAAUGCCUCAUUCUUCAUGGCCGCUCGACCGUAUGUGACAGGGUCAGCCACAUUUAAUAAUUCAACAGUUGCUGGCAUUUUAGAAAAUAAAUUAUCACCCAAUAGCUUACCUUCAAGCAUCUCAGUUAAGAACCUUUCUCCGUUUAAACCAAAAUUACCUGCUCUAAGUAACACUUCCUUCGUAGCAAAUUUCGCGAACAAGUUGCGCGGCUUAGCUACUGUACAUUCCCCGGCCAGCGUACCCCAAAACGUAGAUAAGCAGUUUUUGUUCACAGUUGGCCUUGGAACUAGCCAAUGUUGGCAAAACCGAACCUGCCAGGGACCUAAUGGAACCAAGUUUGCAGCUGCAGUCAAUAACGUAUCUUUCACAAUGCCAACCACAGCAUUACUCCAGGCACACUUCUUCGGAAAAUCACAUGGGGUUUACAAAACUGAUUUUCCAAGAGAACCUAAAAUCCGAUUUGAUUAUACAGGCACUCCACCCGAUAACACUAUGGUAAAUAAUGGAACAAAACUACUAGUCCUUCCUUUUAACACAAAUGUGGAGCUAAUCAUGCAAGACACCAGCAUACUGGGAGCUGAAAGCCACCCUCUUCAUUUGCAUGGCUACAAUUUCUUCGUUGUUGGCCAAGGUUUUGGGAAUUUUGAUCCACAAAAGGACCCUAAUAACUUUAAUCUCAUUGACCCUGUUGAAAGGAACACUGUUGGUGUGCCAGCAGGAGGUUGGAUAGUUAUUCGUUUCGUAGCUGACAACCCAGGGGUAUGGUUCAUGCAUUGCCACGUUGACGCCCACCAAAGUUGGGGCCUGAAGAUGGCUUGGAUUGUGUUGGAUGGAGAUCUACCCAAUCAGAAGUUGAGUCCACCCGCAGAUGAUCUUCCCAUGUGUUGA